AUGUCCGAAGCUGAUAGGAUAAAUCCAACAAAUGCCACCUCUCCCGCAAUAGCGUCCCUCCGAUCAGAUUGUAAUGCCGCCUCGAUAAUCAAUCUCAAGGAGAUGUCGGCAGAUCUACCUCCCUUAGAUCCCACCUCAAUCCGCGGUUCUGGUCGCGUCGCGAAUGCUUCCGCAACUGACGCCGCCGCAAACGCCUCCGCAGACGCAACGAGCCCCGCGACCGACGCCGCCGCCAGUGGCGACGCAGAUGGUGCCGCAAUCGGCGGCGCCACAGCAUCGGAAGGUCCUAUCAUGGAGCCUGAUUCGGACGAGCGCGUGUGGCGCAAGGUGCCGUUGGCGCAAGGAGACUCGGACCCCCAUGUGUGGCGCAAGGUGCUGUACCUGCGGCAGCCGUUCGACGACACGCACACGGACCCGCGCACCUUCCUCGCCGACAUGCGCACCAACGCCGGCGUCGUCAAGCCGCGCUACUGGUCGCUCGUACGGGACUCCUCCGUGCUCACGCUGCAGGUACGCCUCUCUCUCCGCUCCAGUGCCCAUGUAGCUUUCAGAACUCUCACCGCCGCAAGUAGCUUUCAGAACUCUCACCGCCUCUCUAACCCGUGCUAUUGUCCGCACGGGGACAUUUUUCUGUUUCUGUUGUCCUCCCAUGUUCCUCCCUCCUCUCCGCCCUGGUCGCCGAUCCUGGUCGCCGAUCCUGGUCGCCGAUCCUGGUCGCCGAUCCUGGUCGCCGAUCCUGGUGGCCGCCACCCAAGCCGCCACCCAAGCAUGUCUACCCCUUCUUUGACUCGCACCACCUCUCCGCCCGUGCUGUUUUCCUCUCCGCCCGUGCUGUUUUCCUCUCCGCCCGUGCUGUUUUCCUCUCCGCCCGUGCUGUUUUCCUCUCCGCCCGUGCUGUUUUCCUCUCCGCCCGUGCUGUUUUCCUCUCCGCCCGUGCUGUUUUCCUCUCCGCCCGUGCUGUUUUCCUCUCCGCCCGUGCUGUUUUCCUCUCCGCCCGUGCUGUUUUCCUCUCCGCCCGUGCUGUUUUCCUCUCUCGCCCGUGCUGUUUUCCUCUCCGCCCGUGCUGUUUUCCUCUCCGCCCGUGCUGUUUUCCUCUCCGCCCGUGCUGUUUUCCUCUCCGCCCGUGCUGUUUUCCUCCUCAUCCACCUCACAUGCUCCUCGUCUCCGCCCUCACGGUCGUCUAUGUCUUCCUCGACUCGCAUUGCCUCUCCACUCGGACGCUCUUCCUGCUCGAUUCACUCGCACAUUACACAUACCCACUGUCUUCCACCCACACCACCCCCCCUCCUUUCUCGCCUCCCGCCUCCAUCCGAUUCCCAGACGUUCCUCGUAUCAGCCCUAGUCGUCGUCUAUUUCUUCCUCGACUUGCAUCGCCUCUCCACUCGGACGCUCUUCCUGCGCGAUUCACUCUCACAUUACACAUACCCACUGCCCUCCACCCACACCACCCCCCCUCCUUUCUCGCCUCCCGCCUCCAUCCAAUUCCCAGAUGUUCCUAGUAUCCGCUCUGGUGGUCGUCUAUUUCUUCCUCGACUCGCACCGUCUCUCUGCCCGCACUCUCUUCCUGCUCGACUCGCUCUCCCUCGCUGCCGGUGUGCUGCUCUCCUCCCUCGCCUCCCUGCACCUGCAGCGCCACACACCAAGGGGAAAUGGUCUUCCCAUUCUCACAUGCUCCUCCCAUUUCCCGCCCAUCCCUCCUCCCAUUUUCAGAUGUUCCUCGUAUCUGCCCUGAUGGUCGUCUAUUUCUUCCUGGAUUCCCACCGCCUCUCCGCCCGCACUCUCUUCCUGCUCGACUCGCUCUCCCUCGCUGCCGGUGUGCUGCUCUCCUCCCUCGCCUCCCUGCGCUUACAGCGACACAAACGCCUGCGGCAGCACUUGAAGGGGGAGCAGAUGAAGCAGCAGCAGCAGCUGAAAGGAGGAAUGUUCCCCCCAUUCUCACCUGUUCCUCCCAUUUCCCUCCCCAUUCCUCUCAUCCCCAGAUGUUCCUCAUGUUCCUCGUAUCAGCCCUGGUGGUCGUCUAUUUCUUCCUCGACUCGCACCGCCUCUCUGCCCGCACUCUCUUCCUGCUCGACUCGCUCUCCCUCGCUGCCGGUGUGCUGCUCUCCUCCCUCGCCUCCCUUCGCUUACAGCGACACAAACGCCUGCAGCACCACUUGA